AUGCUAAAGUUUUGCCUUUUUUUUUGUUUUUUCUUCUUUUAGGUAGUUCCGAAGCAUAAGUUUGUUCUUGUGAAAUUUGACACACAAUAUCCGUACGGUGAGAAACAAGAUGAGUUUAAAAAGCUGGCAGAGAGCUCAGGCUCCAGUGACGAUCUUCUGGUGGCUGAAGUGGGAAUAUCAGAUUAUGGUGAUAAAUUGAACACUGAGCUGGGAGAAAAGUACAAGCUGGAUAAGGAGAAGUUCCCGAUUUUUUACUUGUUCCAGGAUGGUGACUUUGACAAUCCCUUACCUUACAGCGGCCAUAUCAAGGCCGGGGCUAUUCAGCGCUGGCUGAAGAGCAACGGCAUCUAUCUGGGGAUGCCAGGCUGCCUGAAAGAGUAUGACGUGCUGGCCAGCAAGUUUGUGAGCACCACUGAGAAAUCGGAACGCCAGUCCCUCCUGAAAAAGGGGCAAGAAAGUUUAGAAAAAACAAAAGAAACUGAGAAGAAGUCAGCUGAGCAAUACUUGAAAAUUAUGAGCAAGAUACUGGAGCAGGGAGAAGAGUUCGCCGCUAAUGAAGUGGUCCGAAUCACAAAACUGAUCGAGAAGAACAAAAUGAGUGAUGGAAAAAAGGAGGAGCUCCAGAAAAGCCUCAAUAUCCUUGCUUCUUUCCUGAAGAAGAACAACGAAAAAGAUGAGCUCUAAUAUGUUGGAGAACUUUGUACAAGCUGUGAAACACUGUCAAGAGUCCUAACGAGUUCUCCUUAUGCAAGCAAACUUCCCGCUGACUUCAAGAGAGCAGCAGAUUUCCUUCUGGUAUCUCAGUUUAGAAGAUCAAGAGGAAGACAUUCCUUCAAAACACAGUAUUCUAAAUGUUGCAAAAAUCACCUUAAAGCAAGACGCCAGUAUUGUGUAAUACUAUUCAAUAACAGUGUUAAAGUAGACCCCCAAAAAAGCACUAAAUUGGCCUGAAGCACAUUCCUGGUGGUUUUUACAGCUGUUCCCUGGCAAACAAACAACAAAAUUCAGUCUCACAUUCCAUCUUACAUGUUAUGAAAGGUACAGAUUGGGUGCCCCUUGCAUCCCCACCUUUCCCUAUUCUUAGCAUCCUUGAGUUUUAUGCUUUUUAAUCUACCCCUCCUCCUACCUUUUGUUUUCCCAAUAGGGCUCCUUCUCCAAGUCUUGUUCUCCUUACUUGUUGGCUAAGAGACCCGGAGUUUCCU